AAGGACCCACAGCGUCUACUACGCAGCAGCGCGCAAGCGCAGUCGGCCUGCUGAACUGGCGGUGUGGUUUCAACACCCAAGGAGGAUGAAAGAACAUGUCUCAUGUGGAUGAAGCAGCCCGCCAGCUGUCCAAAAGUGGCACAACCCUCUAUGCAGUGCUAGAACUUAAGAAGGGUUCCUCACCUGAAGACAUCAAAAAGUCCUACAGGAAACUGGCCUUGCAGUAUCAUCCGGACAAGAAUCCAGGGAACCCCCAAGCAGCAGAAAUCUUCAAAGAAAUCAAUACAGCCCAUGCUAUACUGAGUGACCCUAAGAAGCGGAAAAUCUAUGACCAACAUGGCUCAUUUGGAAUAUACCUCUAUGAUCACUUUGGUGAAGAUGGAGUUAGAUACUAUUUUAUAGUCAAUAGUUGCUGGUUCAAGACCCUCGUCCUCCUGUGUGCACUCCUCACUUGUUGUUGUUGCUGCUGCUGCUGCUGCUUCUGCUGUGGAACCCUCAAUCUGCCACCGGAGGAGAUAAACAGGAAGAACCAUCAACAGAACGUCCGGACACAGCCUUCUCGUUCAGGGACAAAACAUCAUUUUGGAACAGAUGAAGAUAGUGACGAUAAUUAAUGCAGUAGGAAGAAGAGUGAGGUGCUGGCCCAGCGAGGGUGCCCUCUGCUGCCCAGCCCACUGAACACACUGAAGAGAGGAGCAAGUAGCCCUGUCCUGACCUUGACUCUAACUUGAUUCCUCUUCUUAUAAGAAUCCCUACUUCAAAAGCAUUGAUGCUGAGCAUCCCAGUAAGAACACCAUCCCUGCCCCUGAUCCUGGCCAUAGGGGGUCUCCUAGCUACUCUCUCUAGCUCCAGUCCCAUUUUAACCUGUCAGAGACCAGUGCUCCCAUUCCUACCUGUGUGAUCCCCCAGGCAGUGAUGGCAUACUUUUCCUGAGGGUUCCUCUUCCUGUGCCUGCCUUGGCAUUUGAGCCAAUGUCAGGUAGGUACCUGGUUCACCUCCAGUACCUCCACCAAGAUCCUUGUCAUUGACCAGGGCAGAUCCUGUUCUGGGAGCUUCUAUACCAGUUAGUCCUCCUUGGUUACAACACUGGGUAGCAAGAACUCCCAGCAUCGGCUGCGUUCCUAAACCAAUACACCUUUUUGAGGCCAGUCUCACCUUCUGGUGCCACACCGUGGGCAUUGCAGUUCCCACCAUGAGCCAGCUUGGGAAGUGAGUGCAGUUGAGUCUUACAGAUAGCCACCCCAUCCUGGACCCUCCCCGGACGUCAGUUCCAGUGCAGCCCCUGUGUUCACCUUGGUCCUGUGGACUACAGUCCAUGCAUCAGUGCCCGCUGGUCUCCAUCCUGACCACAUCUACCCAGGCCGACGACCGUAUCGUGUGUCCCUAAAACAGGGGUGUGAUACGUGGCAGGAGGAAGACUGUACCCUGCAGGCCCCCUCCCCACUCUUGUGUCUUCAUGCUGCCUGCUGGGCAUCCUCCCCACACCAUUUAUUUCUCCUCUGCUCGGGACCAGAGAAUAGGGAUGCCUCCACCUUCUCUUCCCUCGCUGGAGAAAGGUCAGGGAAUGUCAGUAAAUAAAACAGAUUUGUGCUA